GGCGUGACGUUACGACUUCUCGCGAUAGUUGUAGAGAUGAAAGGGCGUUACCAGUUUGCCGAGUAAUAAAUUGAGGCACUAUAUCUUCACCUAACAAGAUACUUUCUUCCUCUAAGGGAACACAUCUUCAACUGUCAACGCUCCUUACCAGUCAGACAUGGCUGCUCAGUGUGUAACCAAGGUGGAGCUGACCAUCAGCUGUGAUAACCUGCUGGACAAAGACAUCGGCUCCAAGUCCGACCCCCUGUGUGUCCUGUUGAUGAGCAGCUCUGAGUCCCAGUGGUAUGAGGUGGAUCGCACUGAGAAGGUCCAGAAUUGCCUCAGCCCAAAGUUUGCGAAGAAGUUUGUCAUUGACUACUACUUUGAAAUAGUGCAGAAACUAAAGUUCGGAAUUUAUGACAUCGACAACAAAUCCGUCGACCUGAGUGAUGACGACUUCCUGGGGCAUCUGGAGUGCACCUUGGGCCAGGUUGUGUCCAGUAAAAAACUGACUCGACCUCUCGUCCUGAAGAACAAGUCUCCUGCAGGAAAGGGGACCAUCACGAUCAGCGCUGAAGAAAUUAAAGAUAACCGGGUGGUGAAUUUAGAAGUGGAAGCGAGGAAACUAGACAAAAAGGAUUUAUUUGGGAAGUCCGACCCGUACCUCGAGUUCUUCAAACAGACAGAAACUGGAUGGCAGCUGGCUCACAGGACGGAGGUGGUGAAGAACAACUUGAAUCCGACAUGGAGACCCUUUAGAAUCCCUCUGCAGUCGCUGUGUGGAGGAGACCUCGACAAACCUAUAAAGGUUGAAUGUUAUGACUACGAUAACGAUGGAUCACAUGAUCUAAUCGGGAUUUUUGAGACCACAAUGACACGCCUCAAAGAAGCAUCACGAUCAUCCCCGGCAGAGUUUGAAUGUGUCAACAGUAAAAAGAAGCAGAAGAAGAAAGGCUACAAGAACUCUGGUGUUGUGAGCGUGAAGCACUGCCAGGUGGUGAAGGAGUACACCUUUCUGGAUUAUAUUAUGGGAGGCUGUCAAAUAAACUUCACUGUGGCGAUUGACUUCACCGGCUCAAAUGGGGAUCCCAAGUCUCCUCAGUCUCUGCAUUACAUCAGUCCUCAGGGCGUUAACGAGUACCUGUCUGCUAUCUGGUCUGUGGGCAACGUCGUCCAGGACUACGACAGCGACAAGAUGUUUCCUGCCUUUGGCUUUGGAGCUCAGAUCCCUCCCACAUGGCAGGUGUCUCACGAGUUCCCUCUUAAUUUCAACCCUUCAAAUCCAUUUUGUGCAGGUGUUGAAGGUGUGGUGGAGGCCUACAGGGUCUGUCUGCCUCAGGUCAAACUCUACGGACCCACUAACUUCUCCCCGAUCAUCAACCAUGUUGCCUGCUUCGCUAAGCAAGCCCUGCAGCAGACCACCGCAUCACAAUACUACGUCCUGCUGAUCAUCACUGACGGAGUGAUCACAGACAUGGAUGAGACCCGCAACGCCAUCGUCAACGCCUCCCGCUUGCCCAUGUCUAUCAUCAUCAUUGGGGUCGGGGGUGCGGAUUUCAGCGCCAUGGAGUUCCUGGAUGGAGACGAUGGACGGCUGCGCUCUCUGUCCGGCGAGUCGGCCAUGAGAGACAUCGUGCAGUUUGUUCCAUUCAGACAGUUUCAAAAUGCUCCCCGAGAAGCUUUGGCAAAGAGUGUGUUGGCAGAAGUUCCCGCUCAGCUUGUGGACUUUUUUACCACCAUGAAGCUGAAACCACCACAGUCCAACAAUCCUGCUGCGGACCCUGCAGGGACCAUCUGAUCCGUUCAUUAUCUCCUGCAGGUAUUAAGGACACACGCAGCUUCAUCUCAUCUCGCAGUCCUUCAAACGCUUUCUGAACUCGACCUCUAUGAAAUAUCAGCACGCAGCUUUGCCAAGGAAACCUUUUUAAGGACAACGAUGCAUCAAACAUGAACACUCCAGUCUAAAGACCAACCUGUGUUUUCUGUUAAGUGUCAGAAUAGUUCUUAGAUAUGUUUUAUUCACGUUUGUUCAUUUGAGGUGUAAUUCUUUAAAAAACAAUCAUUCCUUUAUUUUUAAUAGAAUAAGUCGCCUGGCUUGCAAACGCACUCUUUAAAUAGUUAACCAAAGAACAUAUAUGCUCUGCAGGAUUCACUUUUUAUUAGGAUUUAACCUUUUCUUGUUUCUGUAGUUGAGCGAGGUUCUCAUUGGAAAUAAGCCUUCUGUGGUUUUUAAGUUUUAGUUUUCCUGUCACUUUCAGGGCUUUAGCAUCGAGUUCCAGCAGUUCUGUAAACAUUUAUACUCGCCAAGAUUAACCAAAUGUUCCAAUGACUAAGUGGAAAUCCUUCAAAAUGAUGUUUACAUCCUGAGACAAACAGCUGCAGCUCUGUUACAAACAUUAUAAAGUGCAUGUAGCAGAGUAGCGUGUGUAGUAGCUGCUGUUUUGGCACAUUAGGUAAAUGUUUGAAUUAAUGUUUAAUGUUGCACAUGCUUCUUAUGCACUCUACUAACAUUACAUCAUGAACUGCAAAAACCAAGAUUUAUAUAUUUGACUUCAUGAGUUGCCAAAAUCAGCGUGUUUAAACCAGGGCCCAACUGAUACGGGAAUUGGGGCCGGUACUAAUACCUUCUUGGUAGAGAAAAAAAAUUCUAAUACCGAUCUAUCGGCCGAUAUCUUUCUUAGAUCUACUUCGAUCUUCAUAGAUAGAUAGACACUUUUCAAGAAGAUUUAUAAGGAAGACAAGAUUUAUUUUACAAUUGGCCAGAAUAACAGCAGUGUUGUCUACUGGUCUAGACUACCUGUUUUUGAAGGUCUCGACUCAGAAUGGCAAGCAUUUUUACUCGGUCUCAGACUGGGCGGACUCCAGAUUUUAAAUUAAGACCACCACUGACAGGUUAUUUUCUCACGUCAUCACUGUGAUUAGAAGGAAAACGCCUCUUUCUAAAAGAACAAAUAACUUCGUUUCAUUUGUAGUUUGGUUGUAUCGGAGACAAAUUAGC